AUGGACGCAACAGAACUUAAGAAUAAGGGCAACCAGGAGUUUUCCGCGGGUCGCUAUACGGAGGCUGCGGAGCUCUUCACUCAGGCCAUUAAUUUGGAUCCCUCCAACCAUGUCCUCUACAGCAACCGAUCUGCCUGUCAUGCGGCUCUGCAUCAGUAUCCAAGUGCGCUCCAGGACGCCGAGAAGUGUGUCUCAAUUAAGCCGGAUUGGGUGAAAGGUUACGUGCGACAAGGUGCCGCCCUUCACGGACUUCGGCGCUACGAUGAGGCUGCUGCGGCGUACAACAAGGGGUUGGCUGUGGAUCCCGCAAACACGGCGUGUACCGAGGGCAUUGCUGCAGUGGAGAAGGAUAAAGUUGCUUCCAGAAUGCAAAAUCCCUUUGCGAAGGUGUUUGGUCCGGAUGCCAUCGGAAAGAUACAGGCCCAUCCAAAGCUUUCACUGUACCUUCUGCAACCCGAUUACGUUCGCAUGAUCGACGAAGUUAUGAAAGAUCCUUCUAAGGUACAAAUGCACCUGAAGGAUCAACGUUUCAUGGCAACGUUCAUGGUCCUCAGUGGGCUGGAGCUCCCCGGCGACGAGGAGGAGGAGGAGCAAGAACUCGCAAGACAGCAACGGCAGAAGCAGCAGGAAGCGAAAAUGAAGGAGGAAGAGGAAAAAAAGAAGGCUGCAGCAGCUGAACUUUCACCCGAAGCCACUGAGGCGCUGCGUUUAAAGGAGGAAGGGAAUGCCCUGUACAAGCAACGAAACUUUGAUGAGGCGCUACAGAAGUAUCAGGAGGCCCUUGCCAAGGACGCCACAAACACCGUUUACCUCCUUAACAUCACUGCAGUUAUUUUUGAAAAAGGCGAGUAUGAGGCGUGCGUAGAGAAGUGCGAAGAAGCUCUGGAGCACGGCCGCGAGCAUCGUUGUGACUACACCGUGCUCGCCAAACUUAUGACACGCGAGGCACUAUGCUUGCAGCGGCUCAAGCGUUUUGAUGAGGCUAUUGCGCUGUUUAAGAAGGCGCUGGUGGAGCACCGCAACCCUGACACCCUUGCGAAGCUGAAUGCUUGUGAGAAGGAGAAGGAAAGGGCCGAAAUUGAGGCCUACUUGAAUCCUGAGCUAGCGCUGCAGAAGAAGGAAGAGGGCAACGCGUUCUUCAAGUCUGACAAGUUUCCUGAGGCCGUGGAGGCGUACACGGAGGCGAUUAAACGUAACCCAGAGGAGCACACGACGUACAGCAAUCGCGCCGCGGCGUAUUUGAAGCUCGGGGCCUACAGCCAGGCUCUCGCGGACAGCGAGAAGUGCAUCAGUCUUAAACCGGAAUUUGUCAAGGCACAUGCCAGACGCGGGCACGCCCUUUUCUGGACGAAGCAGUACAACAAGGCUAUGCAGGCGUAUGACGAGGGCCUCAAACAUGACCCGGCAAAUGCGGAGUGUAAGGAGGGGCGCAUGCGGACAAUGAUGAAGAUUCAGGAGAUGGCUACUGGUGGCGACUCCGCGGACAGUGACGAGGUGGCAAAACGUGCCAUGGCAGAUCCAGAGGUUGCCGCCAUCAUGCAAGACAGCUACAUGCAGCUGGUACUGGGUGAGAUGCAGCGGGACCCCUCGCGCAUCCAAGACUACCUGCGGGAUCCCACAAUUGCUGCAAAGAUCAACACCCUUAUUUCGGCCGGAAUCAUCCGGUUUGGAAAGUAA